GGCACAUUAUCAUUUGACUUUUUACGGAAAAUCAACAUAUAUUGACCCUAUUGGUUAAUUCUGUGUAUUUCUUCAAAUGUAGAGGGGACCAUUGUUUGUAUUAAGUAAAUCACACCUGUUAGCAUUUAACCUAUAGAAUUGAAAAUGUCUACUGGUGGAAAUCUUGUUGUGCCGAUGGUAUUAUGGGGAGAUAACUGUCCUACUCACUGUAUAUCAGCGGUGUUGAUGACACCUGACCAGAGAACUAUUAUCACUGGAUGUAAUGAUGGACAGCUUGGUAUAUGGGAUGUCACAGAAAAUUGGCAGAUAUUUCCAAGAAGUUUACUAUUUGGACAUACUACUGCAAUCACUUGUUUAGCCUUAGGCAGUAGCAAAUCAGAAACUCCAUAUGUUGUCAGUGCUUCAGAGAAUGGAGAGAUGUGCCUUUGGGAUAUAAGUGACGGUAGAUGUGUAGAAUGUAGCAAGUUAACAGUCACACACACAAACAUGCAGUCUUACUAUUUUAAGAACUCAAAAGACCUACGUCUAGUAUGUAAUGGUUAUUAUCCAGAAAUUCUUAUUAUUGACCCAUUGACCUUUGACACCUUGUACACAUUGUGUUCCAAAGUAUUGCCUGAUUGGAUAAGUGCAUGCUGUGUUCUCAGACCAGUAAAAAGAGAAGAGGAUGUUUUGUUGGCAAUAACCAACUCUGGUGCGGUGAAGAUCUGGAUGUUGACUGGUUAUGAAAAUAGGGCUCAGCCAGUGUUUGAAGAAGAAUCUAAGCAGAUAAGAUGUCUGAAUGCAGAAACUUUAACAUGUUGUACUUUUAACCAGAGGACUGUCCUUAUAGUCUGUUCCAAGUAUUGGCAGAUAUAUGAUGCAGGAGAUUUUACAUUGUUAUGUUCUGAGUCUAAUCGUUGUGGUGAGCGCUGGUCUGGCGGAGAUUUCAUUAGUGUAGAUAAAGUAUUGGUCUGGAGUAGUGACGGCAAAGGCUACCUAUAUAAAUUACCAACAAAUUUACUGAAAGGAAAAGUUUUCACCAGUGCUGAUUCUGAGAGCCAAGAAUACCAUAAACACAGCUACCAGCCAUCAUCACCACAUGCUUACUACAUCCUAGAUAUUUACUCUGAUAAUUCACCUGCUUGUUCACCUGCCAUGACCUUCAACAAAGGCAAAGGAGAUAAAGCCUCACCUCCAUUACUAAUUAGAGGUGACUCAGAAGGUCAGGUUACAAUGUGGACCCUACCUACAGUAUCAGAGAGGCAGAUGACCCUGGUCAGACAGGAGAGUUUUGAUAGAUUGCCAGCUUUACCACCUAAAUGUAGUAAGAGUUUGAAAGAUGUAUGGAAGAGUUUAUAUGAAACGCCUCCUGGAAUUAUUGAUGGCUUUCAUGACCAUAAAGACAAGCCAUUAAAGAUAACUGCCACAAUUUAUGUUCCCUCCCAAGGUAAAGUGGCAUGUGGCAGAAGUAAUGGUUCUAUAGUGAUAGCAGUAGCCACACAAAGUAUUAUACUACAACUGUUGGAGGAUAAGACAUUGGAACAUAAAGAUGUUCCACUUAAAGUACUAGAUGGCCAUGAUGGUACAGUAACAACUCUGUUAUACCCGUUCAAUGAAAACACUCGGUACGAACCCCAGCACCUGUUAUCUGGUGGAUCAGACUUCUCUGUUAUACUCUGGGACAUGUUUGUGGGUACCAGACUUCACACAUUUACUGUUCAUGGAGGGGAGAUAACCCAGUUACUUGUUCCUCCAAUGAACUGCAAUCAAAGAAUUUUGACAUCAAUCUGUUCAGUUGGAAGUGACCACACAGUAGCUUUGUUAAGCUUGAAAGAGAGGAAGUGUAUUAUGUUAGCAGGGCGCCAUCUAUUUCCUGUUCAGACAAUAAAAUGGAGACCUCUUGAUGAUUUCAUGGUUGUGAGCUGUUCAGAUGGAACUGUUUAUGUUUGGCAGAUGGAAACUGGCCAUUUAGACCGAGUAGUCCAUGGUAUAACUGCUGAGGAUAUACUGAGUAACUGUGAUGAGAAUGCAAUGCCUGUGGAUGGACUUGUUAAUCCUAACAUAACCUUAUCACAAGCAUUGAAACGUAGAAAUCUGGCCACGUUCAAAAAUCUGGCUCAGCAGAAACUACAAACUCCUGGAAGUAUUAUACAGAACCAGCGACCUGACCAGGUUGUUAAACCUCAGAAUUAUGCCAUGUAUAUACAGGGUGUUAGAACUAACACUAGAGACCCUGAUGCUCACAUUAUCUACUUUGAUACAGAAGCAUUGAUUGUUCAACUAUUAACUGAUGAGUAUGCUAUGAUGUCACCAGGAGAAUUAGAGGCCAAGGGAUUCAUUCUACCUUCCUAUGAAAUACCUGGAUCAGAAUUCUCAGAUGCACAAGCUAAAAUAUUAGGUAUGCUGACAAAGAUUAAAGAUAAAGCUGAUUCUUUGGGUCAGAAGAUCCAGUCCAAGGCUGAAGGAGCUGGAUUCUCACCUGUACAUAGUGAUGUCCAAGCCUCACCUGUCAAAGGUAGAAAGAAGGAGAAACGUGUGGUGGUGACCGAUGUGAACAAUCUUACGUUAGAGAUUGCUCGACUCUUUAUGUCCAGUCUUCAUGCUUGGGGACUUGACCCAGAUCUUGAUAAACUUUGUAUGAACAAAUUAGGACUGAUUAAACCUAAAGUCCCAUUAUCUUUUGGUUUGAUAUCUAGAAAUGGACAUAUGUGUUUAAUGCUUCCUGCAUGGCAUAGACGUCUUCUACAGGAAGUGAAAUCAAGUGAUUCAGAUAUUAAGUUACCACAGGCCACCUCAGACAAACCUACAUUGUUGUCACAGAUUGAAACUACUUCAGGAAUGUAUUCUGAUAGUGACCAAGAAGGAGAAAGUUCACCAGGUUCAAAAUCUAAAAUAAAAAGAUCCACAGCUGAAGCACUGCAGCAAGAGUUACGGGCCUUUUCUACAAAGUCUAGAUGGCAGAUAUCUAGUGGUGUCACUACACAACAUUUGCUGAGUGUAAUAUCUACUGCUAAUACAUUAAUGAGUAUGACAAACUCUGCAUUCAUCAAUAGGAGACUGAAAUCAUCAAGACCUAGACGAAGAUCUUCCAAAAGUUUUGCUGCCCCUCAGCCACCACAUUUAGUAGAGGGUGGGGACAGUUCUGAAGGGGGGAGUGAGGAUGAGACAGAUGGACAGAUGUUACACCAGGCACAGAUAAAACAAGGAUGGAGUCUUCUUGCAGCUUUACAUUGUGUUCUCCUACCUGAAAUGGUGGGCUCUGAAAAUAUAAAAUCACCUCAGCUGGAGAUGUUGGCUCGCAGAUGGCAGGACAGAUGUCUUGAGAUAAGAGAAGCAGCCCAAGCCCUGUUGUUAGCAGAGUUAAGGAGAAUUGGUCCAGCUGGACGUAAGGCAAUAGUAGAUGAGUGGUCACCAUACCUUCCGACCUACGUAGAUCCUAACCUCAGUCUUAUGAACGCUGAGACUCAGAAAGGAGGGGAGGAGGAUGAUGAGGAUGACAAUAUGGAUCCCAUGGUUUCAGACUCUCCUUUACAUAGAGGGUCAUCGUAUUCCUUUGAGAGUAGAAGGAAGCAAGCUACAGCUAUAGUGAUGCUAGGAGUGAUUGGUGCUGAGUUUGGACAUGAGAUAGAACCUAAUAGAAGGAAGGUAGAAGUAACCAAGAAAUCCAAGAAAGAACAGGAAGGCUUCACUCUGUCUAACUACUCUCUGUCAAGACAUACAAGUAAAGCAUUAACAUUUUUACUGCAACAGCCACCAAGUCGUAAGUUACCUGCACACACACCUAUCAGAAGAGCUGCCAUAGAUUUGAUUGGUCGAGGAUUCACAGUAUGGGAGCCAUAUCUAGACGUGUCUGCAGUACUGCUUGGUCUACUUGAGCUCUGUGUUGAUUCUGAUAGGCUUGUUCCAAGAUUUAUUAGGGAUAUUAUGACCUUUGGGCUUCCAUUGUCUCCAGCUGCGGAUGCCUGUAGGACAGCCAGACAUGCUCUAUCACUAAUAGCAACAGCUCGACCACCUGCAUUCAUCAUCACCAUGGCAAAGGAAGUGGCCAGAUUUAAUGCCAUGCUACAAACAACACAGUCACAACACUCUCAGAUACAAAACUCUGUGCUUAUCAGAGCUAAAGUAGAAAUCUUAAGAAUCAUAGAAUUAUUGGUAGAGAAAAUGCCAAAUGAUGUUGCUGACCAUCUAGUAGAGGCCAUGGAUGUUACUAUUCAUUGUUUAGAUGUACCACAAUUGAAGUCAAAGGGUCUUCAAGAACUCUUUCCUGCUAUUUGCCGUUUCAGUAUGGUCAGUAUGUGUCCUAUUUCAAAGAGAAUUUGGGUUGGAGCUAAGAACGGAGGUUUAGCAUUUUAUGAUUUGAAACAACAUUCCAAGUGCCAAGUCAUAACAGCACAUUCCGGUCACAUUGUAGCCACAGCUAUAGCUGCUGACGGUAAACAUUUGGCAACAUAUAGUCAUACAGACAAUAAGCUUAAAUUCUGGCAGACUGCCUCAUCAUCACUGUUUGGUAUUGGAUCUCAACAGACAAAGUUACUGAAACAAUUCGCUACCCAACCACUGCCUAUUACAAACUUAACAAACUUACUCAAACUAGUCAGAUUAGUGUGGAUAGAUAAUAGGUUGCUGAUUUUACUUACACUCGAUGGUAGUGAAUAUAAAUAUAGUAUUUAGUGGAAGUUAGCAAUAAUAAGAUGUUAUCAGAUGGUUGAUGCAUUGAGUACAACUGAAAGAGGAUAGUUAAUUAUAGAGUAUAUUAAGCUAGUCAGACUAUUGAUUGAAUCAGGAUAUAGCUAUAAAU